AUGCACCAGCGCAGAAGCGCAGCAGCUGUCUUCUUCCGCCUGUUCGUCUAUGGCGAGCCUAGCAGAUCAGAUAUCGCACUCCUUGUGCUCGGCCUGGUCUCCGCCGUUGCCUCGGGAAUUCCUUUUCCAAUCAUGUCAAUUGUUUUUGGUCAAUUGGUAGAUGAGAUGAACUCAACGACCUGCAACGUCAACGACACCAAUGGCGACUCAUACCAAGCUGGUAUCAAUGAUAAAGUCUUGAUGAUUGUCUACAUCGGCAUCGCCUACCUCUUUUUGAUCUAUAUUUAUGUUUUUAGUUGGAAUCUGACUGGCGAGAGAUUGGCUCAACGUCUGCGCGAGAAAUAUUUCAAAGCCCUUCUCCGCCAGGAUGUGGCUUUCUUCGACAACCUCCCGGCUGGCGAGGCGUCUUCGAGAAUUACGGGUGACAUUACCACCGUGCAACAAGGAACAUCCGAAAAGGUUGGCAUUGUUAUCAACAGUCUUGCCUUCUUCGUCACCGCGUACGUCGUGGCUUUCAUCAAGGAUCCCAAGUUGGCUGGAAUGUUGGUCUCCUUAACCCCCGCCUACUUGCUCAUGUCUCUGUUGGGAGGAUAUUUCGUGCAAAAGUAUUUUGGUCGCGCACUGGAGAGCAUGACCAAGGCAUCUUCAGUAGCACUAGAGGCAUUUUCCAACACGAUGGUGGUUCAUGCCUUCUCAGCCAACGUGCGGCUUGAGGAGAAGUUUAUCGAGUUUCUGAAUCCUGGAAGGAUUGCCGGAAUUCGCAAGUCAAUCGCCACGGCCACCCAGGCGGGUUUGCUUUACUUUAUUGCUUUCUCGGCCAAUGCAUUGGCCUUCUGGCAAGGGUCUAGGCAGAUUGCGGAUUCGGUAGAGUCCAAUGCUGGUGGCAUGACAGUCGGAGCAACAUACACCGUGAUUUUUAUUCUAGUGGAUGCAUCCUUGAUUCUCAGUACAGUGGCACCUUUCAUCCAGAGCUUCGACGCCGCUUCGGUUGCCUUCACAAAAUUGAAGGCUGAUAUAGAUCACUCAUCCACGAUUGAUGGCACUUCCAAGGAUGUUGGAGAAGUGUUGCCAGAGGUCAAGGGGCAGGUGGAGUUGCGCGAUGUUUCAUUCUGUUUCCCUUCUCGCCCAGAUAAGCCAGUCCUUCAAAAUUUGUCGCUUUCCUGUCCCGCCGGUCAACAAACUGCCAUCGUCGGCUUGUCUGGAAGUGGAAAGUCUACUGUUGCCGGCUUAGCAACAAGAUUUUACGAUGCGACCGAAGGAACCGUUAUGUUGGAUGGACAUGAUGUAAAAGAUUUGAAUGUCCGUGCAUUGAGGAGCCAUAUCAGUCUUGUCCAACAAGAGCCAUGUCUUCUCGAUCGAUCAAUCUUCGAGAACAUUGCCUUGGGCCUGAUCAAUUCCCCUCUGCACACACAUCUCCAACCGAUCCUGACUGGCACCGCGCUGAUUAAAAUUGCUGCCGCUGUGAGGGAGGGCCAAGCCCUUUCGGCCGCCUCUCUAGGACAUGGUGACCAGGCGCGAGAGGUGGUGGACUUGGUUGAGGGUGCCGCAAAGCUGGCUGAUGCCAACGGGUUUAUUGAGAGGCUUCAAGAAGGCUACGGUACUUCGGUUGGUUCCAGCGGGAACCUGAUCAGUGGCGGACAGAAGCAGCGUAUCUCUUUGGCCCGGGCCUUGGUGAAAGACCCGCGGAUUCUCAUCCUCGAUGAGGCCACAGCGUCUUUGGACUCAGCCACAGAAAUGCGCAUCCAAAAAGCCUUAGAGAGUGUGGCCGUGGGCCGAACUGUUAUUACCAUUGCCCACCGUCUAUCUACCAUCAGGAAUGCGGAUAACAUCAUCGUCAUGAGACAAGGAAAGCUUGUUGAACAAGGCACUCAUACGGAGCUGCUGGCAGCCAAUGGUGCCUAUGCAGAGUUGAUUCGCCUUCAGAAUCUCAAUGUCGACAAUUCUGAAGAGGGAACAUCCACCCGAUCGGCGUCGCCUGUGAAUCAGAUCACAGAAAAGGUUGAACCCACUCUUUCCGUGACCGAUGAUGUCCACGAGAAAGAUGAAACGGCCGAUGCUUCUGCUGCCCAAGACUCCAAGCCGAAAGAGGCCGGCGGUGUUGUCGACACAAAUAGGCCAUUUUCCUCAACAGUCAGUUCCCUGGGCUCUAUGUUCCGGCCAUAUGCAUUUGUUCUGGUCCUCGCUGUGACCGGCGCCGUUGUCAUUGGCGGCACAUACUGCGCUUCAGCAGUGAUCUUUGGUAACGUCGUGGGUAAGCUGAGCGGUUGCGAGGAACCUCAGAAUAUCCGCGAUGCUGGAGAAUUCUACGGCCUCAUGUUCUUCGUCCUCGCCAUCAUUGAAUUCUUUGCAAACUUUUUCAGCUGGUCUCUCUUUGGUUGGAUGGCAGAGAAUGUGAUUUACAAAGUCCGAGUUCUUUCGCUACGAGCCAUACUCGAGCAGGAUCUCCAAUGGCACGAAUCCAAUGACCGCAACCCAUCAUUGCUACUUUCCUUGAUCACCAAGGACAGCAAUGCUCUUGCAGGCCUGACAGGCUCCGUUGUGUGCACAAUUUUGUCUAUCCUCAUCAACCUAUUCGCUGCCAUCAUCAUGUCGCACAUUAUCGCGUGGCGCAUCGCCCUUGUCUGCCUUGCCGUGGUACCUUUGCUAUUGGCUGCUGGCUGGAUGCGAGUUACCUCACUGGCACAGUUUGAAGAGCGCCACCUAGAGGCUUUUGCUCGGUCAGUAGGAAUUACAGUGGAGGCCGUCAACUCGAUCAAGACCGUCAUGUCUCUUUCUAUGGAGGACGAGAUUAUGGGAACAUACCGUCGCUCAUUAGCGGCACCCAUGAAGGAAAUAACCCGCCAGAGUGCCUGGGCCAACAUCUGGCUUGCCAUCGGGUACGGUCUCAGCAACUUCUUAUAUGGCCUGGCAUAUUGGUGGGGAGCGAAAAACAUCAUUGCAGGAUAUUAUACUCAGACACAGUUCUUCAUCGUCCAGCUAGCGCUGCUCGUCAGCUCACAGCUGUGGGGACAGAUGUUUGCCCUGGCCCCUGAUGUCUCGCGUGCCUUCCAGGCCACCCGUCGGUUGUUAAAUCUGCUAGACCUGGGAUCCACGAAGAAACUGUCAGCCCCUAUCGAAACUCUGCAGUCUAAGAGCGACGUCGAAUCCACGGCAAACACGCGCGAGAAGGUCGACGACGCUCGCAAUGGCAUCAGUGUCUCCCUCAAGCAAGUCCAUUUUGCCUAUCCCGCACGACCAGACACCCGCGUGCUUCAUGGUUUGAAUAUGGAGGUCAAGCCGGGUCAGUUUGCCGCUUUAGUCGGGCCCAGUGGUGCUGGAAAAUCGACCAUCAUUUCACUCGUCGAGCGCCUCUACUCCCCCGAAUCCGGCACCAUCCAUGUCGACGGCCGAGACAUUGCCUAUGGUGACAUCUCAUUCCGUGACAACAUUGCAUAUGUACCACAGCAGAGUGUUAUGUUUGAAGGAACUAUCCGCUUUAAUCUUGCUCUUGGCGCACGACCUGGCCACGAAGUUACGCAAGAGGAGUUGGAACAAGCAUGUCAAUUAGCCAACAUCCACGACGUCAUUGCGCAGCUUCCCGACGGAUACGAUACACACUGCGGGCCAAAUGGUGAUCGUCUCUCCGGAGGUCAGAAGCAGCGACUGGCUAUCGCGCGGGCGCUGAUCCGAAAGCCGAAGCUGUUGCUCCUAGACGAGUCGACAAGUGCUUUGGAUGCAGAGUCUGAGCGACUGCUUCAGGAUGGAUUGGAGAAGGCAGCCAAAAGAAUGACUGUGAUAGCGAUUGCCCAUCGUUUGUACACGAUCCGCAAGGCGGAUGCUAUUUUCUUGAUUGAGGAUGGGCGUUGUGUUGAGCAAGGCACUCACGCCCAGCUGAUCGAGCGGAGUGAGACUUACAGGGUCAAUGCCCUGAACCAGACAGUGGAUGGAUAA